UUGGUAAUUCAGACAUCGGAAUGCGGCAUAUAUAAACCACCACCGAUUUCGUUAUCCACUCUCUUUCCAUUUGAACGAUUGAGAGCAGUGAAGGAGAACGAUUGAGUUUUUAAAGAAAAAGAAUGGCUUCUUCAUCUCUCAUUCUUCCACUCGGUUCCGCACUUGCUAAAAGUUUGUCCACAAAUCAUCAAACCAUUGCGAGAUGCAAAAUCAGAGAUGUGAUUGUGCGGCACUCAAGUACAGAAUUAUCUGGAAAAGAUUUGCAGACAAACAAGUGUUGGGACAAGUUGACCUUAAUUAAGCGCAGGGAUGUGCUUGGGUUAGUUUUGGGUGUUUCAAGCCUCUUGUUAGACUCAUAUGCCAAGGGAGCUGGCUUGCCCCCCGAGGAAAAACCAAGACUUUGUGACAAUGCUUGUGAGAAAGAGCUUGAAAAUGUACCUAUGGUAACUACUGAGUCUGGUUUGCAGUACAAGGAUAUUAAAGUUGGUGAAGGCCCUAGUCCCCCAAUUGGUUUUCAGGUUGCUGCAAAUUAUGUUGCCAUGAUUCCAUCUGGACAAAUAUUUGACAGUUCGCUGGAGAAAGGCCUGCCUUAUAUCUUUCGAGUCGGCGCUGAUCAGGUGAUCAAGGGACUUGAUGAAGGGAUCCUGAGCAUGAAAAUUGGAGGGAAACGCCGACUCUACAUUCCAGGAUCAUUGGCGUUCCCAAAAGGUCUGACUUCAGCUCCGGGAAGGCCAAGAGUGGGUCCUAAUAGCCCUGUUAUAUUCGAUGUGAGUUUGGAGUACAUACCAGGGCUUGAAGCAGAUGAAGAGUGAGAUGAAAUGACAAUCUUAUUAAUUGCCACAUUUGGGAGAACAAAAGCUGGAAAAGAGGUCCAUGAUUUAAGCACUUGUACUGCUGUAUACUUGAAUUAAUUCAUUUUUUGUAUUAAUUGACAAUUGUAGAGAAAAGUAUUGUUCUCUCUGUGCAUUUCUUUUUCUUAUGAGGUUGUAAAGAGUUGAUCAGUUGAGAGAAGAAAUGCUUUGUUGGUGGGUGUU